AUCUAUGUACAAUAUUAUUAAUAUUAAUGAUCUCGCAUGUGUGUAAAUGAAACAGUGAGAGAAGUGGUGUGUUGGCAAUGAUUAGAACGAAAUAGUUCCAUAGCCAAAAUAUAUAUUUUUUGACUUUCCGCGUGUAUUUAAGAAUUUGUUUGGGUAUUUGUUAAGUUUGAACAUUUUUUUAAAUCUCUGGUGAAAUAAAAACGUUAUGUUAACGGUAAAAAAAUAUUACGUGCCGAAACCGUGGUCGCGCAUUAAUAAUGUUAAUAGUCACUUGUUUGUUUUCUCUUUCAGCCGUUUGUCUGCAGUUACGCCAUAUUGCAGUGUGUUUUAAUAUAUUACUGACCGUGAAAUAACGUACAGUUUGUGUUUCAGGAUUUUGUGUUAAUAUUGUGUAUUUUAACUUUGUUAUAUUAUUUAUUAUCUACUAUUGUAAUGAUGGAAUUUGUUAUCGUUUUGAUAUUUUGUGUGGUUCUUGUGAUUGCUGUAAUGGUAAUUGGUUCCGGGAUGGGGAAAGCUACUUCUUCGCAGCGUCAGAUGGACAUCAUUAACGUCGCUCAGAACUUAUAUGUUUUAAUCAGGAAAGGCGACUUGAAGAAAUGUGACGUUACGCAGACGACCGCGUUUCUUCUCAACAUCGCAAAGUCAACUGUUCUCAAGUACUACAAGAAAGACAUUGAAGAAGUUUCAACACCAGGAAAAAAGAGGAAAAAAAGGCCACAGGAAGGAAAGUCACUUGACACAGUCGACGAUUUCACAGUAAAUGCAAUCAGGAAUGCAAUUUACAGGAUGUACGCUGAAGGUUUGAAUGUUACAGUCGACACCAUUUUGAAAGAAAUCAGGGAAAGACAAAUAGAUUAUUAUGGUGGAAGAUCAAGUCUUCAUAAAUUGUUAAAGAAGAUGGGAUUUUCAUGGACAACUGUUGAUGGACGAAAAGCUUUGAUAGAGAAUGAAAACAUAGUAUUGCAGCGAAUAGAUUUCUUGAGAAAGUAUAAAGAAGAAAAAGAAAGAGGUGCCAAUUUCAUAUUUGUUGAUGAAACAUGGAUUUUCCAGAGAGGCAAGGCAUUAAUUUAUUUGAAAAUUUGUUCUGUGGUCCAAUACAAAGUAUUUCAUUUCCAUUUCAUAUAUUUUUCAGGAACUGUAUCAAAGUCAUGGCAGGACAAGAGUCUACAAUCUGCGAAGAGACGUACUGUUGGAGAUGGUCAGAAGACUGCAGACUACCAUGGCGAGAUGAAUGGGGAAACUUUCUUGAUGUGGUUUGAAGACAUGUUGGUGCAUCUUGAGGAACCCAGUGUCAUCAUAAUGGACAAUGCUUCAUAUCACAGCACCCAGAUGGGCGAGGUGUGUGGAUCACGUGGAGAAGCUAAUUCAAGCAGACUGGGAGAGAGAAGUCCACAUAGACAGCGGCACCAUUCCUCCACUCAUCAUCCACCUCGGCAAGGAUAGUUCAAGUGAAGACAGUGACAGCGAAGAAUUUGAGGUUACGACACAGCAAGUAGAUGGAGACAGUGAAGUACUGGCAGUUCCUCUUGAUGAUUUACCCGGGUGUUCUUAUUGAGGUCUGUAUGUAAUAAACACCUGGGCAACUGUAAGUAUUGGGGUUUGAAAAAUUUUUUUUUCUUUUGUGCAUUCCCAUUAAGUAUGUUGAUUACUGGAACUUUAUGUAUUAACUUUAUAUUACACAUAUUAUGAUAAAUUUAUAAUAAAUUUCAUUUCUGGAUUCGUAUAGGUGUAUGUGAAACAUUUUAUUUUGUUGUGUGUCUUCAUUUUUCAGUGAACUUACUUGGAAAACAAAAAGCCAGUCCCCAUCCAGGGCCACAAAUAAAUAAUGCAUAUAAGUGGUAUAGAAAUUACUGUCAAUUCUUUACCACAAUUUUACUGUUCAUAAAAUUAUGAUUUUGUCUAAUAAGUAUACUCAGGAAAAUGUAUAUAACCAUAUUUUUAUUUGUGGCCUUAACCGGCAAAAUGGUAGGGGUUUAUUAAAUAAAAGAAGAAAAUUCAUUUUUAAAUGUUUUCAUCUGAAUUUGUUAAUUUUAUUAAACCUUCAAUCCUUAGUCUUUUCCAGAUUGCUUAGAUGGACAGCCAUAUGUAUAAUUUACAAUACUUUUUUUUUCAGAUGCAGAAAACUGUGUUGAACUGUACUAAAGGAUGAUAU